GUCUCUUUGGAUGUAAACCGAUCACGGAUUCUUAACAGGCGACGAAAGAAGUCUGUGGAUAUUUUCCAAAUGCACAGCCCUAAAUACUCGAAAGCACAGAGCUGUGCGUAUUUCUGCUCCAAAAAUGUCCUGGUGGCACUUAACACCCUUUACAUUUUCAUAGCCCUGGUAUUAAUAUGUGUAGCUGUUUAUGCCAAAGUAUCGUCCAAAAUAACCAGUCUUCCAAUCCUUGGUGGUGUUGUAGCCUGUGGUGUCUUCCUCCUUCUUGUUGCCAUUAUGGGUGUUGCUGGUGCAGUGCGUCACAGCCAAGUGAUUCUGUUUUUCUAUAUGAUCAUCAUGCUGCUUCUGUUUAUCAUUCAAAUGUCAGUGUCUAUUGGCGCCAUAGCAGUUUCACAUGAGCAGCAGUCUAAUCUAAUGAAGGCAGGCUGGGGAAAGAUGUCACCCGAUGUAAAGACAAAAAUCCAAACAAUUAAAGAUUGUUGUGGAUUUAAAAAUAAAAAUAUAACCUCAGGUGAAAUGGGGCAUCCAAAGUGUGACAAGGUAAGUUUUUGUGAUGAUACAUGCCCCAAUUGUGAAACAUGCUAUGACAAGUUAAAAGCUGUGGUAAAUCAUCUUCUGAAGGUGGCUGGAGGAAUUGGUCUGUUCUUCAGUUUUACCUUGCUGUUUGGUGUUUAUAUGGCUUGCCGAAAAAAAAAUCAAAAGGACCCUCGUGCCAACCCUGGGGCUUUUUUAUAAGUCCUUAGGGUAAAAAAAAAAAUUCUUCAUGCAACUAACCUUUCCUUAACCACUAGAUAGAACUUAUAACCAUGCUAAUUUACCAAUAACUGAAAAUAUGUAAAAUAAGAUUACAGAGACAUAAUUGCUUGUACAAAAAAAAACAGGUUUUAUUGCAUGUUAUUUUUGCCUUGUAUUUUGAUUUUUGUCGUCUGUUGCUGACUGUCAAUGUCAGGUGGAGUUAGUCUGAUUCAAUACAAUGAUUACAUAGAUGCCAUUAUUAUUUAAUAGAAGCAACACUAGUACCUAGUUUUAAUGAGCUUUAAGAUGUUAUUUUGAAAGACUAACUUUUAAACAAUGAAGUGACAUGGCAGAGUCUGCUAGCUUUUGGUGGGGGGUGGGGGGAGGGUAGUUAUUUUGAUAAGAGAGCAUCCCCAUCCCUACCCUAGGCAUAUCCCAUGGUCCAUGUGGAGUGGCUUGGUUCUACAGAGUAGUUAGCCUUGUGUUUAAAGUCAUAGAAUAAAAAAAUUUGUUGUUUGCUGCGAGUCUUUGAAAUCAUUAUUUGGCAAGGAAAACAGUCAUAAUCCGUGUAUUCAAAACAAGUAAGUUUGGUGCUUGAGUGCCAUAUUUGAUAAAAUACUUAAAAAAAAAAUCUCACUUGCUCGAGCCAUACUGGGGAACAUUGGCCCUUGGCUGUUUUUAUACAGACCUCAUUGCACUUGCUCUGUACUGCCACAACCUCGGUCCAAUAUUCCCCAGUAUGGCCUUGAUGCUUGGUUAAUAAGACUUUAUCAUUUGAAUCUGUCAUUCACCCUCUGGAAAGAAAUCCAUGGAUUGACUGAUUGUUAAAUUUUCCCACAUUAUGUGUGAAGGUUUGUACUUAUAGCAAAAAAAAUGAUAUAACGAUUCAAAUGUUUUUUAAGCAAAACAAAUAGCUUUCUUAUAGAGCAGUAUUACAGUGUUAAAAAAGUUGUCUAAAUGCUUCUUAAAAUUUUCUUCCCCAGCAAAAAAAAAAAUAUUUUGAGAAUAUUUCUAGAUGAGAAAAUCUCUGUAUGGAAGCAUUAUUGAAUAAAAAAAUUUAAGUAUUUCUGUGAUGUAUUUUUCUUGGUGAAUUAUUUAGGGUUGAAUUUUUGUUAUGUUAGGUAUAAAAGAUUAUGUUCAAAAAAUAAACAUUGACAGUAUCUUUC